AACACCAUCUACCUGACCUAAGCUUUGCUAUGUUGCUACCACUUCUGGGAGCCUGUGCUGUGAUAGGUCCAUUCCAGGGCCCUGAAUGGGAGCCAGUGAGGGGUCUACUAUCCCAGGAUCAAAGCUGUAAGGAUCCCCGCUGCUGUGGCAAUCUGCUUGUCUCCUGCCUCUUUCUGAUCUGGCAGAUCCAACAGUAUUGGUACCAGCUGUCCAGGACCAGGAAGAGGAAUGUCACCAAGGUGCCUCCACAGAGAUGGACAGAGUUGUCUGCCACCCGGGACACUUUCUUUGAGAUGAUUCCUGAAUUCUUUACUCAUGGAAAAACCAGGGUCCUGGAUGUUCACAUCCAACAGUGGAUACAAAAGCAGAGAUGGGGAUACCGGAAGCGUGUCAGACAACAGUGGGAUACCCAGUACCUGCUGUCUCCACAGAAGUCAUGUCAAGACCUGCCUUGGGAUGUCCACACCUCCACUGGGCCCAUUUUUUGUACCUCUUCCUUUUCAAGCACGUGUCUUCUCCCUCAGGACAAUUCUGGGGAAGCAUGGCAGUUACCCUGGAAUCCCAGGGAUAGCCAGGCCCACCCUCCCCUGGCUCUCUGCCAAAGAAUGGAGCAGCUGCUGGCCCCUUCUCAUAGAUUGGUGCCAGCAGAGCCUGUUAGUGUGAGGUACACCUCCACAGCUUUAGCUUUCUCUCUUCCAGACUUCUCUUUAGCUCAGAGUCCAAACUUCUGCCUCAGAGAGUUUCUGCCUGAUCCUCUUAACCAACAAUUGGAAGUGCCCACCAAGGAGUGCUUGGAGAGCCUACAAGGUCCCUUAGUACCCUGGGGUAAAGCUGAGACCAUGGACAGAGAGUACAGUGAAGCUGCUCUGCAAUAUCUGAAGAAGAGAAAGAGCAGAACAGAUGAUGCUCAGGAAGUACAAGCGUCUGGAGCCUUCCGCCCAAUCGCAUCUGGAGUGGGGGAGGAUGGAGACGCUAAAGCCCUGGGGUACAGAAACCAGAGGCAAGAAAGAAGAGAAACUGAUGGAGAGAUCCCAGUGACAGGAUGGGUGAGGCAAGACCAGGUGAGGAUUGCAGCUAGAGAACAAACGGAGAAACUACAGAGGAAAACCCAGAGGGAUCCUGGAGAGAAGAAACCUUCUUCCCAGGCUCAUAUGGGAGGGAACCAAGAACAGUUCAGAUGUAAAACUGACAUAGCAACCCAGACACCAGAGUGGGGCAACAAGGAGGAUGCUGUGGAGACUCCAGCACUGGGGAAGAAUGAAGAAGCCAGAAGGAAGGAGGAGACAGAGGUUGAGGCCCAAAGAUUGGAAACUCUGGGCUGGACUGGAAAUAAGGUUGCCGAGAAUUCCCAAGUGCUAGAACGAAGGACACAAGACCAGAUUGGUACAGAAACUGAGGUGGAGGAAGGAAGGAACAAGGACCAGAUCGGAAGUGAGGAUGGUGUGAAAAUCCAGACAUCUGGAAGGGAGAAUCUGGGAGAAUUCAAACAACAGGACAGCGAAGAGAUCCAGGCCCUGGGGCAGGAGAAACAGGGACUUGUUAGAACUGAGGGUGAGGUCCAGACUGCAGUUGGGGAGCCUGGAGGACAGAUAGGCAGUGAGAAUGACGGGAAGACCCAAGCCUCUAAGGGAGAGAACCAGGAUCUGUCAAGACAGGAAGUUGAAUUGGGAACGAGGAAGCUCAGGGAGGUAAGAGAAGACGACUGGGUGGUGAUCCAGGCGUCAUGGUGGGGCAGCCAGAGGCUUGGGCUGAUUGCAGCAGACAGAGGACUCAUGAUACCAUGCCUGGGAGACCAGCAUCAGGUCAGAGGAGAACGAACGGUAGACAUCCCAUCACUGGAAAGUGACCGAAGACAAGGUGGAGAUGCUGAUGCAGCAAGUCAGGUGACACCCGAGGCCGAGGAGCAGGCUCAAUGCAGUGAACCUGACUUGACGACUUACACAGUACUGAGCAAGGGUGAGGAAAAGGCUGAAGAGGGAAAUGGAACGGACACUCUGGCGGCACAAGGGAAGAGAAAUCUGAGAGGGAUUAACAGCACGGAUGAAGCACAGACCCAGAAACUUGGGGAAGAAAAUCAGGGUCAGUUAGGAAAUGAAUCCCAUAAAAUGAUUCACGAAACAAAACAGAAGAAUCAGAAACAGAUUAGAGGCGAUGAUUGUAUAAAUAAUAACCAGACAUCUGAGGCAGAGAACUGGGCAGAGCUAACAAGUAAGAAAGGUGAUACAACCCACUCGUCAGGGUGCGAGGAAGCUGAGGAGGUUGAGGGUGAGGAUGGCAUAGAAGGGGUGAGAAUCCUGAGAGGAGCCCGGGCGGAGGAAGGUACAGAGACCAAGGCAACCAUGGAAGAAAGUCAGAGCCAGUUAGGGGACGUAGGUACAAACACCCAGUCAUCAGAGUUAAAGAACCAGAAGGAGGUGGGCAGCGAGGAUGGAACCGAUGCUCAGGCCCCAGAGAAGAGAAACCAGAGAGAACUUGGAGACGAUGUAAAGACCCAGAGACCCGAGAGCAAGAACCAGGGACAGUUGGCUGAAGCUGGAGGGAGCUGGGAACAGGCUAAAGGAGAGAACACUUCGGAAAAUAGGGCACUAGAGAAGAAAAACUGGAGAGCAGCUGGAAGAGAGGAUUGUAGAAACAUGCAGGAGCCCAGGAGGCAGGAUCAGAGGCAGGUGAGUGAAGAUGGAAAGACCCAUCGGUUAGAGUGGAAGAACCAGGAGAAUUUUAGAGAUGGGAAUGAUGCAGAGAUUCAAAAACAAGGGGAGAGAAACCCAAUAAGUUUUGCAGGAGAUAAUGGCUCAGAGACCCAAGCCUCCAUGGGAGAGGACCAGAGACAGUCUGUGUGUGAAACUGAUGAAAAGAUUCAGACACAGGGGCAAAGAAUUCAGAGCAAGCAUAGAGACACUGCUACAGAAAUCCAGGAUGUCGGGGUCCGGAGAAAACACAGAGCUGAGAAUUCUAAACUGUCUCAUCAUCCAUCCAGGAGAGGAAACAAGGGCCGGGUUAGCAGGAAGGAUGCUGUCAGGCCCAGUCCCCUAAAUGACUCUUCUGGAAAAUUGGGGCCCACAAGCCGGAAGUGCAGCUUGGCUCACCCGGCUUCUCUCACUUCUGGAUAUGAACCCCCUAGACACAAGCAACCAAUGGCUGGAAAUGGUGUAGACUCUGCUCCCUGUUCUGAAGAACAUCUAAGUAGCCAGGGCACAGGUCCUGCCCAGAAGCACAGAUAUGAGGUCAGUGAGAGGGCCCAAAGGGCCCAACCUGGAUCUCAAAGAAGACUAGAAAAGUACAAAAAGGUGGAUCCAGGAAAGGCUUCCAGCCCAACCUGCCUGCACCCCUACCCACAGUCUCAGGCCUCCUCUGUCUUUCCCUCUCUCCUGUGUCCCCAAGUCUCCCAAGCAGCCCCAGCUCUAGCCGUACCAGUUGCUCUCACCACCCUUCACAAAUGGCCAGCCCUCAAGAAGAGCAGACAUCUGCUCCUGGAAUCCCUCAUGAAGAGGAGAAUUGCACACCUGAGGUGGGGCCUCCCUCGACGAAUCCUGGAGUCUUACCUGCUUUUUCACUUCUUAGAAUCUUGCUCUUUGCCGAGGCCUGCAGUGAGGCGGCCUGGAUUGCGUACAGACCAGGAACGCCAAAGGCAGCAGGAACCACACUGUGAGUCUCAGGCAUUCCUGUUAAAACUCGACUCUCCAGCCAGGUCUCAAAGCCAUCCAGUUCUUGAAAAAAAAAGCUCUAAACUUUGUACCCAAGUCCAGGCUCUAGAGAAGCAUAGACCAACCAAGUCGGAGCCAAUGGGGAGCUCUAGUCCACCUAAGAAACCCAGGAGAAUAAGACCACCAGGGGGAGCAAGAGAACCACAGAUCCAGGAAGAAGCCCCUAAGGCCAAGAUCCCUGCUCCCAGGAAUCCCAGGCCAGCAGUCGAGUCUAGAAGCUGGCAUAACCCAGGAGGAGUCCCAGAGUUGUCCAUUGAGAACAGCAGAAGCAGAAAAAUGGUUAGGCCUGGAGUUCCCCAUGUGGAAGAGAAGACUUUCAGCAGAGCAAGAGCCUCAUCCUAUCCAGAAGGCUCCAACCACCGGAAAAAGGAAUGCAUCCCAAGGGAAGCCUCUGAGCUCCCCACUAGCAGGUGUCAACAGUCCACAUGGCAAAGAAGUGAAAGCGUGGGACCUGAAGAGGUCAGAAAAAGAGCCUGUUCUGCACAUACCUCCAGCUUCAAAGGGAGUAACCACUCUGCUGCAGCCAGGCUGAGCGUGGCCAUCUGGAACAAGAUGCCAUGGUCGGCACAGCUGGCUAAGCCCCAGCCGCCCACUCCCUUUCUCACCCUGAGGAAUCCUACCACACUUAACAAAGUGGGGGCUCCGUGUACAGAGGAGAACAGCAGCAGACCCCCCACUGCUUUGGAGAUGGAACUCGAGCCACUAGGCCAUUCUUGUACAGGAGUAACUGUUCCUAAAUUAGAGAGCUAUCAGGAACACGAGACACCUGGGAACUCAAAGGGGGCAUCAUACAAUCCAACAGUCUCACAAAAGUUUGGUUUUGUGAGGCACUUGAGAUAUUUUCUCAGACAGUAUGGCCUUAAAAAGUAGGCCACAGGCCCAGAGUCCUUGGGACAUGUCAGAGAAGGCAUGCAAGUGACCUGCUUAGUCUCAGAGCCUCUAAUAAAAUUGGUUAUUUGGACCCUG